AUGACAUGCGUGGGAUCGGGUCAACAGCGAUUCAAGUUCCAGCAGGACAAGCGCUUCGCAUUUGCAGUCUCGUCCCAGCCCAAAGCUCAGACCAGGGAGUCUGACUCUCCAGAAGCGAUCAGUAAUGCCUCGGAUUUUGUUACUAUAGUUGCUAUGCCGACAAAACCUGAGCAGAUGAACAUUCGUCUUCCACCGUGUUCUCCAACAGCGACUCUGACUGAUGACCUCUCGUCAUUAGCGAAUCGCUUUAUUAAGACUAUUAAACCAUCCACCGAUCUCCGGUAUAAUCUUUGGUGGACGUUUGGUAUGUAUUUGGAAGAUAUCCCACGAAGACUGGGCACGAAUGAAGCGCUUGAUCGCUCAAUCGAGGCAUUAACAGCCGCUCAUGCUGGGUUUUGUGGUGUGAAUCGGCAAGGAGCAACAGUUGAGGCCUUAACAAGCUAUUCGCAAGCAUUAAAGGUCCUGCGCAUUUAUCUUAAUGAUCGAGCUCAUGCGCAAUCAUCUAACACGCUAUGUGCGGUGAUGAUCCUGUUGAUUUGUCAAUUGUUCCUGGGUCACACUAGACAAUGUUGGUCCGGGCAUGCGGAAGGGGCAGCGCAGAUCCUUAAAGCGCGAAAAAAACUCUUUGAGGGGCUCUUCAACGACCGAAUAAGCCUCACUCAGAAAGAAUGGGAUGAUCUCGUUACCAGUGAAUUUGAUGAAAAUACCCCCGAAGGCCGCAUGCUUGGCUGUCUGGCCCAAGGUCCUGAUCUGAUGCGCCGGGGCCGUCAGGUCCUGCAAGUAGGCACCGACGUAACUGUCAUUCACGCUGAGGUCUUAACUUUGUACCAAAAAUGCAAAGUGAAUCUUCUUGAGCUGAAGACUCGAGCAAUCGUUAACGAUGUCUCGUCCGUUGACAUGACAAGCUUCUCCAAGCGUGCCGAGAAAUCAGUCAGGGAUUUCUUUUAUGCACAUUACCAGCGCACGUAUGGAAUCGGGCUGGUCGUGACUUUAUUUUUCAAUUGCAUGCUUGGUGCACUGGUGACGAAUGAUGAGGAGGACGUUAUUGUUUCUUUUGAUGCAAAAGAGCUUGCGGAAGAGGUCCUUGCACUCGCAGAGCGAUCGGUGAUAUAUCGACCUGUUGGCGCUGGUUAUCUGCUUAUAUGUCUUGCGGCUGCGUGGGCGGCUACUAAUGACCCUAUGUUGAAAGCAAAGGUCAAGGCUGCGCUAAAUGAUUAUUGUGAGGACUUUAGAGUGAGGGAUCCGGUGAAUCUGUCCCAUGAACUGGAGUGGACAGCUGAGCACCUAAGGCUAGGAGUUCCUUUUCGAAUUAAUGGGGAGAGUUAUUACUCGAACUUAUAG